CCAAACUGUAAUUUGCAUAGUUUAGGCUUAAUUAUUUUUGUGCUGAUGUAUUUAAGAUGAUAAUUAUUUACUUUUUUUUAUAGAAAAUGGAAACUAUAUAUUUGAUAUGUGUAGAUACAUAGCCAAACAUUGCAUGUAUAAUUGUUGAAAAUUCUAGCCCGAAUUAAAAAGAAAAACUCUAGAGAGUAGCAAAAGGAAUACAAACUGGAACUUGCCUAAAAUUUCAAGCCUUCAAAUCCCAUAGUGGAAAAUGACGAAUUUCUAAUAAAUAAUAACCAUAUAUAUAUUUAUUUUUAAUUGGACUCGACAUUGAGCUGAAAAAGUUAGUGGUUCAUGGUUCAACUAUUAAUUCUCUAGACUGUUAGUGAGUCGAGUAUCCAAAUUCGGGAGUCCAAGAGUUUUAUAAAACGUUCUUGAUGCAAGAACUCCGAAUCAUUCUCUUGAAGCUCAUCCUCUUCAUCAUAAAUUAUCCGCUUGUCCCGAAAUGACCGGACCCAAUAGGGAAAUCCUAAUUCAUUGGGCCUUGGACCCGUUCAUACUUGUGAUUAGAAUACAUAAAAAUAAAUAUACUAAUUAGGGUUAGACGAAGAAGGCAAAGUAAAGGUUAUGGAAGGUGUUGGGCAUGUGACUCGGAUCUCACCCCACUGAGGAAGCACCAAGGAUGCUCACGCCAAGGCAAAGCGCGCGAGUCACACCGGAGUCGAGCGCGCGAGUCGCGCCGGAAUCAAGCGCGCAGGUAGAGACCACCCCCGUGGAGGCGCGCGUAAACACUAAACGACGGCGCAUUGCACAGGCGUGGGCCCUUAUCGAGUAGCCGUAGAAGCGGUGCCGUGUCAUCCAACGGGCCGUCACCAUCAUAGUCCUAGGUAUAGUCCUGCCUAUGUCAGGGGUAGUCACAUCAGGGUCCUAAAAGCAUGGCCCAAAUCCCUGACAUGUCAGUGGUCACAUCAUUGUACCCACUUGUAACCCAACCACUCACCCACCACCAUGUAGCCUAUAAAUAUGGCAUUUACUCCGGUGGGUGAGGGGGGGGGGGGAUUUUUCAGACUCUAUCUCUAAGAUCAUUACUUUCUCUCACUAAACACACUCUCUCUAUCUCAGCUCUAUCCUCCCUCUCAUUUGUCUCAAAGUUCUUGUUCGACCAAGUCGUUCAUUCUUCUCGACCCAUUCUAGUGAACCUCACUCCUACACUGAGUUAGGUUCAAACAAUUGGCGCCCACCGUGGGGCCUGAAGAAAAAAUGGCAGAACAAAACUCCAACAUACCCGGCGAGGUAACCCCCAUCAAGGCAAUGACGGAUCCUAGGGUGUUCGCGGGACUCGCGGAAGCCAGCAACCGCGACGCGGUACUCAUCGAGGAAGAAGAGCCCGAACUGACGGCCAAGGAGAUGAGGCAGCUGGUGACGAAGCAAAAUGACGUCAUCGCCGAUAUGCAAAAGCAGAUGAGCCAAGUUAUUGCGCUCAUGAUGAGCAGAGAAGCUGCGGCAGCGCCGAGUGCGCCGUCUGACGCGUUACAGCUAACGCAAGGAGGGACAUCAGGCGAUGUCCCGCCACCACAUCAGGCAGCGGUCGAGUUGACCGCGCCCGAAGCCCAGCGAUACGAACCGCCCGGAAGAGCGGACCUCAGCUUUUUGGAGCAGCACCUGUCCCCACAGUUCCGCCCCAAUCCGCCUAGAAAGGCCUUACAUCAACCGUUGUGCGCGGAGAUCAUGGCGGAACACUUGAGCGGGACGCCACCCACCCUCCCCACGUACAAUGGAACAACCGACCCUGAGGAUCACGUCAGCACCUUCUGCCUACGGAUGCAACUCCAAACCAUCUCUAACGCGGCACUGUGCCGGACGUUCCCAUCAACAUUUUCCGAGAUAUGCCUCGACUGGUAUAACCGCCUCCCCAAUGGAAUCAUCCGCUCUUUCGAAGAGUUCAUACUCCUGUUCACAACGAAGUUCGCGUCACAAAAAAGAAGGCCUCUCCACCUCAAGGCGCUGAUAGACAUCCGCCAGAAGGAUGGAGAAAGCUUGCGGGCGUUCUACGUCAGGUGGUCCAGGGUGGCAAUGGCCGUAAGAGAUCUCACCCCAGAAACCGCCGCCCAUCACCUCAUGGACGCCACCACUAGCAUGGAGCUCAAGAGAGCGCUAGCAAAGAGACCAAUCACUCUAUCUACGGAGCUUGAGGUCAAGAUUGAAAAGGCCAUCACUUUGGAAGAGACGCUGGGCGCCGGCUCCAUCAGACGUUUCGAACCCGCCAAAAUGCCCAAAGAAGAUCAAGCUCGUAGGCAGCUUCCUGUGUCGCGAGACCAGCUGUUGCAAGCGCACAGCGGCGCCAGACGCCCACCACCUCCUCCAGAACAAGCCCAUCGGGGGCGGUCGCCAGAUAGGCGCCCGCCAAACUAUACACCCCUCAAUGACACGAUUAAGAACGUCUACCACGUUCUGCGAGAGAAGGGGUACAAAAUCAACUGGCCCGCCCCCAUGAAGACCCUCCCGCACAUGCGAGACCCCAAGAAGCGCUGCGAAUUCCACAGGGACACGGGUCACUGGACAGAAAACUGCAUAGAGUUGCGCUAUGAGAUCGAGGGCCUCAUACAAAGGGGACUCCUGAAUGAGUUCAUUCGCGGAGCGGAAGAACCGGGGGAGCGUCCCGUGGAACCCCCACCACCGCCACAGGCCGACUACGACGACGCCUCGGGCUCGUACGUAGUGCGAAAAGAAAUUGGGGUGGUAACUAUAGAAGGGGACCGCCCGAAGAAAAAGACCAAGCGCGACCGCGCCAUAGAGUGCGCGGCGACGGAAGCUCCAAUAAAGUGCAACUUGAGCUUCGACGAUGCUGAACUCCCUGGAGGGGUCCCGUCAGAGGACCCACUCAUCAUCACCGCCCUCGUCGCCGCCUGCAAGGUUCGCCGCCUACUGAUAGACGGGGGCAGCGCAGCGGACAUCCUUUUCAAAAGCACGGUCGACCAGAUGGACAUCGACCCGCGGCUAAUCAAGCCCGCCUACGGGAACUUAGUCGAUUUCUCCGGCACGAGGGUCCCAGUUAUCGGUGUGGUCACUCUUCCAGUCGUGCUCGGGGACCAAGAGCCACGAUUCUCGAGGCAAGUCGAGUUCACGAUAGUCGACUGCAAAUCCCCCCACAAUGGCAUUUUUGGCCGCCCGCUCUUGGCAAAAUUCAUGGCUCUCCCGUCAACAUGCCACCAGAAACUUAAAUUUCCCACUAAGAAGGGGAGCGGCGAAGCGCGCGGGACAACAUGGGAGGCCCCAAAGCUAGGAGAAGUCCGCCAGACCAACAUCGUUGACACAAGGGCAGAAGAGCCUCGCCCGGAGUCAAUGGAUUCUGACUUCGAAGUCGCCCUUGAUCCGAACGAGCCGACAAGCAAGAUACGCGUCUCAACUCACGUCCCUGGAGACGCGAUUGAACCGUUGAUAAAGCUGCUGAAAGAAUAUAAAAAAUUAUUCGCGUGGUGCACGGAAGACAUUCCAGGGGUACCAAGAGAAGUCGCCCAACAUUCCCUUGGGGUCCCAGUCAGCGCGACGCCAAGACAACAGGUGCGACGGAGCUUCACGAGCGACAAGCUUAAAGCCAUUGAGGAAGAGGUGGCGCGCCUGCUGUCGGCGGGGUUAAUCCGUCCAGUGAAAUACCCGAAGUGGCUGGCGAAUGUGGUUUUGGUAAAAAAGUCCUCGGGGGCUUGGCGAAUGUGCGUCGACUACACGACGAUCAACAAGGUGUGCCCAGGGGAUCCCUACCCGCUGCCGCGCAUCGACCAACUGAUCGAUGCCACCGCCAACCAUGAAACACUGUCUUUCCUGGACAUGUUCUCAGGGUACCACCAAAUCCCAAUGUCGCGCGAAGACGAAGAGAAAACAGCCUUCAUGACGCCGUUCGGAAACUUCUGUUUCGUCGGAAUGCCAUUUGGGCUGAAGAAUGCUGGCGCGACAUACCAGAGGAUGAUCGACGCGGUGUUUUCACAACAAAGGGGGCGCAACAUUGAGGCAUAUGUGGAUGAGCUCAUCGUCAAGACCAAGGCAGGGAAGUCACAUCUGGAUGACCUGCGCGAGACAUUCGAAGCGCUCCGCAAACACAGUCUCCGCCUGAACCCGCUGAAAUGCGUGUUCGGAGCAGAAGCCGGAAAAUUCUUGGGAUUCAUGAUCACCAAGCGCGGCAUCGAAGUCGACCCAAAGCAAAUCACCGCAGUCCAGGGCUUGCGCGCGCCAAGAAACACAUUGGAGAUCCAGUCUCUGAACGGGAAAAUUGCGGCACUAGGAAGGUUCAUCCCAAGAUCAGCAGACAAGUGCGCCCCAUUCUUCAAGACACUGAAAAACGGCGCGUGAUUUGCAUGGACCAAGGAGUGCGAAGCGGCCUUCCUAGAGCUCAAAGCCUAUCUUGUUUCCCCCCUGUAUUGACUGCCCCAAAAAUUAAUGAAGAGCUUUUUCUGUA